AGUGGGACCACAGGAGAACCAUCUGAUCCAGGAGACCCUCCAGUCCGACCAUUUCCAGCUCUGCAAGUGUGUGAUGAAGGAGGACCACUACCCUCUGUGGAAAUGUGUGCGCCUGGCAUGAACUGUCAUAUGGAGGGGUUGGGCCAAACUGAUCCCCUCUUGCAUAAUAGGCUGGGUUUGGAUUAGUAAAACGGUGGUUUCUGGUCGAUGCCACCUCUCUCUCUCUCUCUCACCCCCCUCCCCUCCACACACACCACUUUACCCCCCACUUUAUUGAUCCAUUAAGGACUGGUGGCGCCUGUUUGGAAGGGGGGAAAAAAAUAGCUUCCCCUCCUCUUGUCUGAUUUUGCCACAACCCUGCAUGAGGUUGAUUUAACACUCAAUUUGCAUGCUAUGCAGCCUUAACUCACCAUAGUGUUAAACGUCUCAAUAGCAGCAUGAAGUGAUUGUUGUUUAAUAUCAAGGCUGUGCAUGCUCAUUUGGAACCAGGUGCCUGUGUCAUUGAUCUGACACGACAGGUUCUCUGUGAGUCUGGAGGUCACAGUCAUGGAAGUUUUAUCAUUGUUUCUGUUGCCUUUUACUAUUGUGUGAAAGUGUACGACGGAUAAACUUUUUUUUUUUAUCAUCAUAAGAGUGGUCAGAAGUAAUAUUUUACGAGUGCCUGGGGUAAUAAGUAGAAAACUUAGGCAGCAUAAAGAAGAGUCCACACACGUUAGGGCUUAGGGGAUAGUUUGGUUUAGUGCCUAGAAAAACCCAGCAGAGAGAUUUCAGGUUUGAUUGCUACUGCAGCCUUGAUGUGUCCAUCAACAGCUACAGCAACAGCCGGGCAUCUGAUUGAAGUCUCUCUCCAAAGCACUGCUGCACCUCCACAGUCUGUCUGGACGGAGACUCACACUGUAAUGUUUCUCUGUGAGGAAGACAGGUGUUUCUGCUGCACUGAGUGCUUCUUAUGUAACGCGCUUUAGCCUUCUGCUGCUAAACAAACAAAUCCAACAGCCCACCACUGGCUGACUGAUGCCAUUAAGCCACAGUCACACGCGCAAAUCAGGGUGGACAUAAAUAAAAAAAACAAAAAAAACAAAAACAAAACAAAAACGUGGGUCAAGGAAUAUCUUCCGAAGUACAAUGCAAGAAAUUGCUCCUUAUCGACAUGCUUUCUGUAUGUAUUAUUCCCAGACUUCAGUGUAAUCACGACUUCACGUGGGUGGAGGGAGUGAGAGAAGUAAAACGAGAUGAAACGGAGAAGUGAGAGAGAUGGAGUCUCAAAAUAGGCCCCGCAAUUAUAAAAAGAUCCUAAAUAGUGAUGACAAAUAUCAGGCUCUCGCGAAAACAAAAAACAGGGUAGACACACGUUUGUUUUCUUGCUUUCCUUUUCUCUUGUCAGCAAAAAUGUAGGCUUUAUGUGUCUGCUUCAACACUUCUGUCUGAGCUAUAUGAUGUUCACACAAAUCAAAUUGUGUGACAUCCUCUGACAAAACAACGCCCCUAUAUUUGUAUGUCUCUUCAACACAUUCAUUUUUUCCCUGUUUUCCUCACAGACUGUCCGUCAUGGGUUCCCCUAUCAGCCGUCGGCCAUGGCUUUUGACCCUGUGCAGAAGAUACUGGCCAUCGGCACCCAGAGUGGAGCUCUCAGAUUGUUUGGUCGUCCAGGUGUGGAGUGCUACUGUCAGCACGAGAGUGGAGCUGCUGUUAUCCAGCUACAGUUUCUCAUCAAUGAGGGUGCACUGGUGAGCGCUUUGGCCGAUGACACCGUCCAUUUGUGGAACCUGAGGCAGAAGAGACCAGCCAUCCUUCACUCCCUUAAGUUCAACAGAGAGAGAAUAACUUACUGCCACCUGCCCUUCCAGAGUAAGUGGUUGUACAUUGGCACAGAACGAGGGAACAUCCACAUAGUCAACGUGGAGUCCUUUAUGCUCUCAGGCUACGUCAUCAUGUGGAACAAAGCCAUUGAACUGUCCUCUAAGGCUCACCCUGGUCCAGUUGUCCAUAUAAGUGACAACCCCAUGGAUGAGGGCAAGCUCAUAAUUGGAUUUGAGUCUGGGAUUGUGGUCCUGUGGGAUUUGAAAUCAAAGAAGGCCGACUAUCGCUACACUUACGAUGAGGCGAUCCACUCGGUUGCUUGGCAUCACGAGGGCAAGCAGUUCAUUUGCAGUCACUCAGAUGGAACUCUGACCAUAUGGAACAUCAGAGGCCAGGGCAAACCCAUACAGACAAUCACCCCACAUGGAAAACAACCCAAGGAUGGGAAGAAGCCAGAGCCUUGUAAACCCAUUCUUAAAGUGGAAUAUAAAACCACCAGAAUUGGGGAUCCCUUCAUAAUCCUGUCUGGUGGUCUGUCCUAUGACACGGUGGGCCGGCGGCCUUGUCUGACGGUGAUGCAUGGAAAGAGUACAGCUGUGCUGGAGAUGGACUACCCCAUCGUAGAUUUCCUCACACUGUGUGAGACACCAUAUCCUAAUGAUUUUCAGGAACCUUAUGCUGUGGUCGUCCUUCUGGAAAAGGAUUUAGUGGUGAUCGACCUUGCACAAAAUGGCUAUCCCAUUUUCGAAAACCCGUACCCUCUGACCAUCCACGAGUCUCCUGUGACCUGCUGUGAGUACUUUGCCGACUGCCCUGUGGACCUCAUACCUGCACUUUACUCUGUUGGCUCGCGGCAGAAACGACAGGGCUACAGCAAAAAGGAAUGGCCUAUUAGUGGUGGAAACUGGGGUCAAGGCACACAAAGCUACCCAGAGAUCAUCAUCACUGGGCAUGCUGAUGGAACUGUGAAGUUCUGGGAUGCCUCUGCAAUAAUGCUUCAGGUGCUCUAUAAGCUUAAAACCGCCAAGGUGUUUGACAGAAACCGGUCCAAGGAGGACAAGGGCAACACGGACGUGUCAGACGAGGACCCCUUUGCCAUUCAGAUUAUGGCCUGGUGCCCUGAGAGCCGGAUGCUCUGCGUGGCCGGGGUGUCAGCCAACGUUAUCAUCUACCGCUUCAGCAAGCUGGAAGUAACUACUGAGGUGGUGCAGCUAUUAGAGGUGCGAAUGCAGUACGAGCUGAAUGACAUGGAGUCUCCAGAUGGUGGGGGCGGAGGAGGAGAACAGACUGCAGCGCUUCCAACACCCGGUGCCUCGCCUCAGACGAGCGGCCCACCUUCACACCCCUCCACCAGCAGCAACAACUCUGACGGAGGCAACAUGCCCUGCCUCAAAGUGCGCAGUACUCCUCUGAAGCAGUCUCCAGGUUACCAGGUAGAUUUGGUGGUUCAGUUGGUGUGGGUGAGCGGAGAGCCUCCUCAGCCCAUCACGAGUCUGGCACUCAACUCCUCCUGUGGCUUAGUGGUGUUUGGCAACAGUAACGGUCUGGCAGUGGUGGACUACAUCCAGAAGACGGUAGUUCUAAACUUGGGGACGGUCGAGCUUUACGGCUCCAAUGACCCCUACCAGAGACAGCCGCGGUCGCCAAGGAAGACAAGACAGCCUUCCGGAGGCCUGUGCGACAUCAACGAGGGCUCGGCGACGUCAGAAGACCGAUGCAAGUCCCCCACUUCAGUGUUGACGUCAAACAGCAAUCUACAGCAGUUCUACAAUGGAGGAGGUAGAGGAGCAAAGAUGUCACGGAAAUUAAGCUUGCCUACUGAGCUAAAGCCAGACUUGGUCCUCCUGUCUGUAUGCCCGCCGCGGGGUGCCAACCCAUUAGACCACCGGGACAACUCCUUUAGCCGCUCUCGCUCCUCCAGUGUCACCAGCAUCGAUAAGGAAGCCCGCGAGGCCAUCAGCUCCUUCCACUUCUGCGAGACCUUCGCCCGUAAGGGGGACAGCACUUUGACGCAAUGCCUGUAUGUGGGCACCUCCCUGGGAACUGUGCUCGCUCUGGCGCUUACAUUGCCACCUGCGGGCGAGCAACGGCAAUUGCAGCCAGUCAUCAUUUCACCUACGGGCAUGCUGGUACGACUGAAGGGCAGCAUCAUGCGAAUGGCUGUCCUGGACUCCACAGGGUCCCAGCUGCCCCCCGCGUUCGAGUCUUGGUACGAGCCCAAUAUCUCAGCAGACGGCGAAGAAAGAGAGAAGGUGCGAAAGCGCCGGCCCGUCUCCGUGUCCCCUUCCACGUCGCAGGACCUCAACGAGAGCCAGUACGCCGUGGUGUGUUCGGAGAAACAGGCCAAAGUCAUCGCCCUCCCCUCCCAGAGCUGCAUCUACAAACACAGCAUCACAGAGACCUCCUUCAUCUUACGAGCAGAUGUGGUGCAGAUGAGCCAAGGCAUGUGCGUGGCUUGUUUCUGUGCCAACGGCCACAUCAUGACCCUCAGUUUACCAGGACUGAGACCGCUUAUGGAUGUAAACUACCUGCCUUUGACAGACAUGCGGAUAGCCAGGACAUUUUGUUUCACAAACCUAGGUCAGGCCAUGUACCUCUGCUCCCCAACGGAGGUCCAGAGGAUCACAUACAGCCAGGACACCUGUGAAAACCUACAAGAGAUGCUUGGAGAACUCUUUACACCAGUAGAAACACCAGAGGCACCAAACAGAGGGUUCUUCAAAGGUCUUUUUGGAGGAGGAGCACAGUCACUGGACAGAGAGGAGCUAUUUGGAGAGAUCGCAGCUGGAAAGGCAUCUCGAAGCCUGGCUCAGCACAUCCCAGGCCCGGGUGGCAUCGAGGGCAUGAAGGGGGCAGCGUCUGGUGUGGUUGGAGACCUGGCACGUGCCCGAAUAGCACUGGACGAGAGAGGCCAGAAGCUGGGCGAACUGGAGGAGAGGACAGCUGGAAUGAUGGCCAGCGCGGAUUCCUUCUCCAAACACGCCCAUGAGAUGAUGCUGAAGUGCAAGGACAAAAAAUGGUACCAGUUCUGAUUAGUGGCAGACAGGAGCAGAGCUCCAUGGACAAGGCUUUCACCUUCCAUCGGCUCAUUUUGGACUCACCGUGACCCUCUCUCCACCUGUUCUGUCUCUCCACACGCCCAUCCUUCCAAACCUUCUUCUCUGAGACACUUGGGAUUUUCUUCCCCAGCACAAUGUUGAUUACUGUUCUUACCUCAGUCUUGUGGUGGAACUAAGGGGGAAGACGGAGGAGAAGGACACCCUCAGAGGGGUCAGAUAAAUGGUGUCCUUUUUUUAUGUUCUUGUCUGCCUCUCCUCUGAAGGCCGCCUGUCGGCGCACGCACCUGGAGAUACUUCACUCUCAUUUGCCAAAAGCAUCCUUCACCAUUCUCCUCCACUCGGAGCCUGUGGUGGGCGCAGUAUUCAAAGCGGCAAACACGACUGAAAAAGGACAGAAAAGACCUAAAGAAAACUGUUAAAAAAUUCCUAAAAUGUGUAAAAAAAAAAAAGAAAAGAAAAGGAGGAAAAAGAAUUGAAAUACGUCAUUCUAUAUACAUAAAUCUAAUAAAUGUGCAAUGCUGUAUCCACUUCCAAGUGACAAGUACAAAAGAACGGGGGACAACUCAUCGAGGAGACCGGAGCGGGAUGGGAGGCCGAAGGAGGCGGCAGCGGAGAUCCACAGGAAGUGCUACGACAGCGACGCCUCCUCUAUGCAGAGUGUUGCAGGGAUAAAAGCAACUUAUUCUGAUGUACACUGGAUUAUCUCAUCAUCUCACUCAACCUCUAGACUCUCCUCUGUCUUACAACCGUUCAUAACGUUUCCAACAGUGCGUGUGUAUGUGUGUGUGUCCAUUUCUAUUUGUUAUCUGUUGGGUUUUUUGCUCCAUCUGUAUUGUUGGAAAAUCUUUUAUUUUUCUAUCGUUGUGAAAGUGGAUGAUAUUUGAUUUGUUGGAAGAAAAAAAAAACCAGUUGUUUUUGUGGCUUUUGUCUAUUUCAGAUUAAUUUCUCCUAAUGAAAAGGGCUGGAAUCUAAAGGGAGGGCAAGGAUAUAAAAGGCAUAUAUAUCAUUUUAGUUUUCACUGACAUGGCAAGUAGAUAUAAACCAGUGACAUUUAUCGUUCACCUGAGGAUUCGAACGACCUGAUGUCAACUCACCCUCUAAAGUCAUGAGCGUCCACGGUUUGGCUUGGUCUGUGUGAGUGUUGACUGUACAAAUGCUGACGACAGCCGUAUUGGAAACACUAUAAGUCUUGCCAGAUUUGUUUGUUUUCAAAUUCUGGAUGACAAAAAAAAAUAAAUACACCCGAGCAGAGAUCCUAUUUUUAUGUAUUCAUAUAUGCAGGACAAUAGAGAAACAUGGAUGUGUGAUCCGUGUGAGACAUCAUUUCACUUUCAGUCGUGUGUGUGUGUGUGUGAUCUCUUUGUUAAUAUUUAUUUAUUGAGGCGCGAGGGACAGUUGUGUUUGGUGUCAGAAAUGUUCACCCUCAUCGACAUCUUAUUUCCACGUGCAUCCUCCAUGUUUGCAGUGAAGCUCAGACGUGGUGUGACUCUCUGUGUCUGCCAGGCUUUUAACCUUUAUUUGUAUAUAAGUAAAUAGUUUGACAAUCUAAGACCAACUGGAAAGUAAAUGUCACGGUUGCAGGUGCAACAUAAGAGGAGAGAGGCCAUAUUUUUUCUGACGCCAAAGAGUUGCUUUAGCUUUUCCAUUGCACUUUCAUUUGGCCCGCCACACUGCGAGUGCGUCGCACCAGACAUACUGUGUGUAACUCCGCAUGGCUUCACCGAUGGAGUGCUGACCCACUGUAGGAAUACUAUCAUUUCGUCGCCCUUCAGGAUUCAAGAAACGGAGCAAGUUGCAAUGGAACUCAGCCAUUUAUUGUAAUAUUGUAUAACGCUAUAUCAUAAAAAAUAUAAGACUUGGGACAAAUGUUUAAUGUUUUAAAGUGGCCUAACUGUUGGUUUGACGAGGCUGAUUUUUCGACACAAGAACCCGAACCAUUCCAUGACAGCUCAGACACAACAAUGUUUAUAGUGUUCAUCCGUGUGUGUGUGCAUAAUGUGUGCGUUUCUGUCCGUCUGUGUUAGGGUUGUGUUCAUGUGAAUGAAGCACAUUUAUUUAAAGAGAUAUUUUGGUUGUUAAAUAAUUGAUGUUGGUGUCCUAGUCUCCCUCCGGUCAGCAGUCAGUUGUGUCCAUUUGUGUGUCUGUUACACUGACUGAAGCCACCAAUGAUGAUUUCAAAAAAAAAGAAGAAAAAAAAAAAGGAACAAUAGUAUAGUUUGUAUUAGAUGAUGACCUCUGAAUUCUGGUUUAAUUUUCACUGCUUCAGCUCCCCUUUAAUUUUUACCUCUCUUUUCUUCUGACGAGUCCUCCUUCAGUUUCACGGCCUUUUGUGUUUAGUAACCGUCGUCGUGUGAAUGUUGGUAGAUAGAGCUGUCUUUUAACACAUGGAGAAAAAGAGGCAAAACAAUUAUUCAGGAAAAUUAGCUAGGUUUAUCUAGAGGUCAUCCUUGAAAACCCACACAGAGUCUUUCCCUCCGACCCAACUGUUACGUGUUUCUGUUGUUUUUCUUUUCCUUUCCAGUGUUAUUCUUGUUUUUCAUGCGUGGGUGAUUCGUUUUCUCGUCCGUACACUGCAUUGCGUGGUACUCUUGCCCAAUACAAUACGAUCCACACACUCAAAACAACAAGAGGGAGUCCUGUCAGUCUGCCAUAAUGCUGUCUUCUGUCCUGGAUUCAACUGUUAUCAGUGAGUUGCAGUAUUUUUCUCAUUGUAGCCAAUUUUUCUUGUACAGUUUUAUGCAACUUUCACAUGGAUGUUUAUGACUUUAUCUGCUGCCACAAAAUUUAGAAAUUCUGUAGAUAGAGAUUACUGUGCAAUGGAAAAUAAAAGUGGAAAAUGUAAA